CUGACAUAAGAAAAAAACCCCAAAAACCUGUAACUGUGACUCAGCAUUUACAAUACUUUUAUCUUGAGAAUAGGUUAGUAUAUUUUCAAACUCCGACACCCACCCCCAACAUUGAUGCCUUUGCCAAUGGCAGUGUCUGUGCCUAUGCACACGUGUGAUCUCUUGGGACGUGUGUCCAGUGGCAGCUGCCCUCCGGCGGUCACUCCCACCUGCUUUACGCCCAGGCCCCUCUGCAGCUGCCAGCCCUUGCCUGGAGUCUCUGCCUCUGAUCGGCCGGAAGCAGCAGGUGGGCAAAGCACGGCCGGUCAGUGACUCCGUGCCGCAGAUGGUAAACACCACUGGACAAGGGGCCCGGCCGACAUGGACGAGGACAGCACGAUGGCGCUUCCGGGGAGCCCUGCUGCAUGGAGGGGCAGAGGGACCCCCGGGGGCCAGGCCCGCCCCCUCCGGCCGCCCCUGCUGCUCUGGCUGCUCCUUGCCCAGCUGCCCAGCGCGGCCCCCUCCUGCCCGGAGUCCUGCCAGUGCUUUGGGAACACCACCGUCUUCUGCUCCGAGGAGUGCCUUGACCACAUCCCGGAGGGGAUCCCGGCCAACGCCUCGCAGCUCUUCUUCGUGGAGACCUCCCUGGAGACCCUCCUGAGCGGGGCCUUUGCCAACGGAACCAGUAGCAAUGCCGCCCUCCGCAAACUGGUCUUCCUCUGCAGCCCCCUCCGCUCCCUGGGCGAGGGGGCCUUUGCGGGACUGACCGGCCUCCGGGAGCUGGCCAUCUCCUCCAGCCAGCUGACCGGGCUGCGUGCGGAGAGUUUCCAUGGCCUGGGCCGCCUGAGGGUGCUCUCGGUCCAGUUCAGCCCCGUGGAGACCCUGGAGGAGGAGGCCUUCCGCCACAGCCCGGCCCUGCGGGAGCUCCUCCUUCGAGGCAACCGCAUCAGGGCCCUCCUUCCAGGCCUCUUCCGCCCCAUCGGAGGCCUGGAGACCCUCUCUCUGUCCCAGAACAGCCUCCCCAACCUGCCGGAGGGGGUCUUUGACUCUCUACCUCACCUGCGGGUGCUGCGGCUGAGCGACAACAACCUGUCCUGCCUCCCCGUCGGGGUCUUCCACCACCAGGUUGAUCUCAGGGAGCUCCACCUGGAUGGGAAUGCCCUGGCUGAGCUCCCUGCGGGGGUCUUCUCCCAGCAGACCCACCUGAGGAGGCUCCACCUCCAACACAACGCCCUCCGGGAGCUGCCGCCUGCCCUUUUCUCCUCAAUGGCCAACCUGACCUUCUUGCUCCUGGACGGCAACCGGCUGAAGGAGCUGCCGGAGGGGCUCUUCCUCGGGACCCCCAGCCUGGUGGAGCUCUCUCUGGCCCACAACCAGCUGGAGACCCUCCCAGAGGGGCUCUUUGGCACGCUGCUCCCAAACCUGUCCGUCCUGACACUGUCCCACAACCACCUCCACAGCUUGCCCACCGGCCUCUUCCAGGGGCUGCAGGACCUCACGCGGCUGCAGCUGGGCCACAACAACCUCACUGGGCUUCCUCGGGAGUUGCUGGCCAACCUCAGCAACUUGGAGGUCUUGGACCUGUCGCACAACCAGCUGGCGACCGUUCCGGAGGGCAUCUUUGAUUCCAGCUUUGCCCUCUUCUACAUAUCUCUGAGGGGCAACCCCUGGGCCUGCGACUGCCACCUGCUCUACCUGGCCGACUGGCUCCAGUAUGCCGACGACUUGGUCAAUGCGCACGCACUCUGUGGGAGCCCGACUCACCUCAAGGGGCUCAGCCUCCCGGGGGUCAAGAAAGAGCAGCUGGUGUGCCCCCGGCGCCCUCCUGGACCUGUCCGCUGCCGGGUGGAGGCCCAGGACCCCUCUGGGGAAGAAGAGGCCAGCGCCCUGCCCCACUGCGCCUACCAGGACCCAGAGGGAGCCCUCCGCCUGACCUGUGGGCCAGACGCCUGCCAACAGCUCAGGGUCACCCUUCCUGCGGCCAAGGGCACUGGGCAGCACCUGAGUGGGAACUGGACACUGGGCUCCGGCUGUGGGACACUGAGGGUCCAGGUCUCAGUGACCAUUGAGAAGGAGGAGCCCGUUCAUGGGAGGGAGGCCCCGUAAGCACGCUCGGGGCAACCGUCCUCUUCCAAGGGCCACUGCCGCCAGCAGGCCAAACAUUCAAGACAACUCCUUUGUCGCAGAGGACCACAGCUCACAACAAUGGCCAAGUGAGGGGAAACACCCCCCCCCCCCCCAGAAUGAAGUCACAGCCCCUCAUUCAUGACGAAGGCACCUCCCUGUCUCUGCCCCUGUUCCGAGUGUCCCUCUGAAAUGUAUGGGGAGUGUGUGUGUCUAGGCAGGAUUCCUGGAGGGCCAAAUGACUGCCCGCAUCCCCUUGCCCUUUUUUUGGGGGGGGGGGGUGGCAUUUGCAGGGAUAAGACAUUGAACCCUCCUCCCACAAAGACUUUUUGACCUCUGCCAACUUCUUGUUGACUUGUGGUUCUGCAAACAAAGGAAUCCUCUGCUGUGCUUUUAAACCUUUUUGUGUCCUGCUGUCAUUUUGAUCUCAUUGCCUUUUGUGUUGGGAUUUGUGCGCCUGGUGUUGAAAUCGAGCUAGAAUUUGGAGGGUCUUGCCCAAGGGGAGAGAGAGAGCCCAUAGACCCACCAAAGGAAAAAGGGUCCGAUACCCUGGCGAGAAAAGAGAGCCUCUAUGAUAAGAAUUCCCCUUUCAAUUUCCCAAAUAAAUCUCACCAGAAAGUUGAAGCAAA